AAGGAAACUGGUGCCUCACGAACUUUUAUAUCUUUAGUCUCCCCAUGUGUUUAAUGUGCCCCGUGCAAAACUGCCAGUUGACCAUUACUCAGGAAUACUCUGCCAUACUCCACAAUGAAAGAAGAGAUCUCUGCAGCAUCCCUCUUUAUCUCGAAACUCAUCGGUGGAAAUGCCAGCCUGUCAGAAAAUAUGAUCGCAAAGUUUGAAGAGAGAUUGAGAGAGCUGCUGGAAGAGCGAUUUAGCAAUCAUUGGCAUCCUGAACGACCGUGGCAAGGCCAAGGGUAUCGAUGUUUAAGAGUGAAUGAAAACACCAGGAAGGAGCCAACCAUUGAGAGAGCUGCAAGGGACUGUGGACUAAAGUAUAAGGAUUUAAACCUUCCUGUCGAGCUGACUAUAUUGGUGGACCCUGAAGAGGUGUGCUGUAGGUUUGGAGAGCAGAAGGGGUCGUGUUGUACUGUUGCAUCCUUCAGAGACAGUAACAAGGAAAACUUCAUUGAAAGUUUUGACUUCUCGCAGAUAGAGCGGCCAAGUUCGACACCGUCUAGCAUGUUAAAGACAAUGGAUGUGUUGAAGGAGAGAAGAUUGGAUUCGAGUAAUAUACAAAGUCCACCGUCGAGCACUCAGUCUACACCCACCAAGAAGCUUUUUAGCCCUUCCUAUCCAGGGUAUGGUACAAAGAUCCAGACUUCACCCAGUCGAGUUAGCGGAAAUGGCAGUAACCGAGAGAGGAGAACCUUUGGCAGUUAUCACAAUCAUUACAGCUCUGGUCACCUUAAUCAUCAUAGCAACCACCAUCAAAAUGGAUCUUAUUCACCACCUUUCUAUAAGACUCAGUCAUGGCUAAAUUUGAGUCGGACACCUCCCCCUCCACACAUGCCAUUGUUAAGCUCUUCUGGUUUCAUCUAUCUUCCUACAGCUGCUCCUCACUACACUCAUGCCCAGAUGCCUCCGCAAUUCAUACGCUCGUCUCCGAGUAUGGCACCUCAGAAGUUCAAGUGGAAUACUGGUAAUUACCCUGCCUCGGUGGGAGACGGCCGACUUGUUGAAAAAAAAAAAAAUCUGCGUAAUGAUAGGUACCAGUGGUUUGGGCGAAGAGCUUUGGCCAGAGUUUAAGGUCUGCGCGUCACUGCAGGGGGCACUUACAAGUACGUCAAAAAAAAAAUGUGGGUGGUUGGAGUGGUUUCCCUGCCAGCUUGGUAAACAUAUCCCUGAUGUGAUAGCUUUAGCAUUAUAUGUAUUGUCUUAAUUGUUAAAUUUUCCAAUUCACAGUAGCUUGAUCUCAGUAGAAUUAAUAUCCUGUUGACAAUUUUUGCUUAGAUAAUGCUAAGCUGGUGAUAAAUUUAAUACAAUGAAACACACUAAUAAUGGGUAAAAUUUCUUAUCUCCUAAGUGCCCCUUGUACCUAUUCGAAGAAUGUGCGUGUUUUGAAAUGAAGCUGCACAUUUCUUUGGUGGGAAAGAAGGCACCUUGAGCAGUUCAAAUUGAAGUCUUUUAUUAUUAGUGAAGUAUAUAUGAGAUUUUCAGCUGUAUGGUAUGGAUUACAUGCAGUUGUAUGGUAUGAAUUACAUGCAGCUGUAGGGUAUGGAUUACUUGCUUAACAAAUUAUGGGCUCUGUAGUAAUUGUCAAGGUACUAGGUACAAAGAUGGUACAAGGUAUACAUAGUUUAGU